AUGGAGAGCCUGGCAUUAAACGAGGCUCUAGAGACCUUCAAAACUUCUGGUCAACGGGAAAGAAUCCAAUUCCUCAAUGCUCUGUUCGAUUCUUUUCUCCCAUCCGAGAAAUAUACUCUCCAAGAAAAGUUGAGAACCGCCAAUUGCUAUUUUGAUAUCUUUGGGUUCCUUCCUGUCGAAAUCUCGCUUCAAAUCGCUGAAGGUCUCGAUCCGAAGGACAUCAUCCGCCUUCGUCGGGUGUCCCUGCGAUGGAAAUCCCUUCUCUCAUCCUCACAACUGGCUAAAAAAAUCGCCUACAUAUACUAUGCAAAGCGAUCUGAUCUUCACUUUUAUGCUCGUCAGCUAGAGGAAGAUCCCUUUUCAGCGUUGAGAAAUAUUGCAUUCAAGGAGUAUUCUGGUGAAUCUGGCUUAUUUAAGCUGAAAACAGGAUAUGACUUUUCUUUCUCAGGAAUACCUCAAGAUAGAGACGGUUUCUUUGUUGCUUUGAAGGUAUCCGUCGGUCUUGAAUACGCGAUCUUCGGCCACUCUCGUCAAGGCUCGUUGCCUGAGACUUAUCAAUGGUAUCUAGUUGACCUGAACAGAGGUCAAAGUCAGACGCCCGCACCACUGGUAAACAAGCGCAGAGAAAUUCUGGACAAGAGGUCGGCUCACGUUGGUGCCCACUGUGCAGCUGCCAUUACCUUGAAUUCCAAUCGAGCUCUGGUUUGGAAUAGCAACGGUCGCUUGAUUCGCGAAUUCAAACUCCUCCAUGAAGGAGGUAUGACCAUUAGCUCCUCAGAAAAGUACCUGUGUAUCCGUAACGAACACGGGGAUACUGAUUACUCCGACUACUAUCUUGUGAACCUUCAAACAGCAGCUUUGCGGGUUUUCGAAAGAAUUGCGGACUUUGUCAAAGCCGCCACCCGAGAAGGCAUCAUAAACUCGCCGCCGAUGAUGAUUCUUGCCAAUCGAAUUACUGUGGCCGCGGUUUUUUUGGAUAAUGAUCAUAAACCUCAAGUUUGUGCAAGUUGGCUGACCUUUCACGAAGAGGAGGGUACUCUGAUUGAAACGACUGCAGGACUUAUUAAUCAUGACCUCCCAGAUGACCUACCGGAUCCUAUUCUACAGUCGAUCUCGUUUUGUCAUAGCAUAAACGCAACAGGAGUGGGCAUGCCGGGCCUGGAGACUAAGGAGUGGAAUGUCCGGUUGGCCAUCCUUUCGGAUGGGGAGGUUUCUGCCUCAUGGAAAUGCUUUGAUCUAAAUCCGCUUCAAUAUCAAGGCCCCGACGCGACAGCAUCAUUUUACUACAAAGAUACUUUCUACACCGUCAUGCCACUCGCUACCGAGGAGCAUUUAUCGAAGGAGAAGAACUAUUUAUGUAACUACUCACUUUGGUGUUCCAAGGGAGAUCAGUUGACUCCCCUGGGUCCAGGUCGAGUUUUAGAACUUGUGGGUAUGAGUGGACAGCUUGAGGAGAUAAGGCCGCACGAUAAGGGUUUCGCCGUUUUCUAUAGGGGAGGGGUGCAUGUUUAUGAUUGGCUGAGUUUUGAUGAAUUCAUGGAUUCCCAAAAAUCGAAGUAA